AGCUUUUUUUUUUUUUCCCUCCUACCCCUCCGGCGCAGGCGCAUAUUGUCUCAUUUCGCCGUUCAGGGCGGGACGCGCGCGAGUGCGUUUGAGGGCGCGGGAGAAAAAGGGGAGGGGAGAUGUGAUGGCGACCGAGGGAGAGGCGGAGGUUGAGGCUGAAGUGGAGUGGGUGGUAGAUAGCAUCGCCGGCUUUCUCCGCAGCCCCGCGUGGUCUUUUCCCAUUCUGGAGUUUGUGGAGCACAAGUGUGAAGUUUUUGAUGAUGAGGAAGAAAGCAAGUUAUCUUACACUGAAAUUCAUCAGGAAUAUAAAGCUUUGGUUGAAAAAUUAUUAGAUAGUUACCUUAAAGAAGUUGGAAUUAAUGAGGACAAGUUCCAGGAAGCUUGUAUGUCUCCUCUUGCUAAAACUCGAACCUCCCAGGCCAUUUUGCAACCAGUACUGGCAGCAGAAGAUUUCAGAUUGUUUAAAGAAAUGAUGGUCCAGAAAAAUAUUGAAAUGCAGUUGCAGGCCAUUAGAAUAAUUCAAGAAAGAAAUGGUGUGCUACCUGACUGUUUGACUGAUGGAUCUGAUGUAUAUACUGAAACUGAAGAAGAAGAAAUGAAAAUACUAAGAGAGGUUCUUAGGAAAUCUAAGGAAGAAUAUGAUCUAGAGCAAGAAAGGAAAAGAAAGAAUGAGGCACAUGAUAAACUGAAAUCACCUGACAUCGCACAUAAAUCGCCAGGACAUUUUAAUGAAAGUGCAGGACCUAAGAGGUCUCUAGAACACUCUACAAAAUCAGGUCCAGAAGCAAAACAAAAUGAUGUAUCUAUUCAAGAUCAUUCCUCUGUCAAACUGAAGGAAGAUAGUUGCAGGAAAGCAGUUGGGGAUGGCUCUGAAUAUGUAACAAAGCAAGGAGUGCUAGAAGGACGUAAAUUAUCAGAACUUGGAGCAAAAGAGCUGAGAGAGCGUGAGGACUAUCUAAAGCAGAAACGAGAUGCACUGAUGGCUUUGAAGAAAAAAUCAAAAACAAGUAUCUCACCACAAAAUAUAGAACAGAAAGAAGAGUUGUCUACUUCUACAGAGCCAAUGUCAGAAGAAGAGGAACAAAGAUUGCUAAAGAAGCGAAUCCUUGCAGCAAAACUAAAAGAAGAAGUCAUUAAUAAGCGAUAGUUAAGAAGCUGCUUCUAAGGUUAUAUAUUUAACCAUGAACUGUUUGCUUACAACCAUUCCAUGCAUUAACUUGAUUUUAUAUAUUAUAUAAACAGUAAUUCUUUAAAUUGGUUCAAACGUAGAGUGGAAAGCAAUGAUUCAACAUUUUUAAUAAAUUCCACUAUUUUGUUUCUUGCUA